CAAAAAACUUCUCACUUUUGAGAAGGCUUUUCAACAUCAGUACAAAAGUUAGGGUUCCAACAAAUCAAUAUUUUUUUUCAGUGCUUCUUGAAUUUUAUAAUCUCCACAUCAAAAAAUCAAACAACUGAAACAAGUGUGUCUUCUCUUCUUUCAGCUUGGUUCCAAGUCAGAAGCUUCAAGCAAACUCUUCUUUGAUUUACUGGAUUCUUUUAGCGAGAGUCGCUAUAAUGAAGAGAUUUUACCAGGUUAUUCAAACUCCUUCAAGUUCUGGUUUAAGCUCUCCUGUGCCAAAUUCUUCUUCGUGUCCAGUUGUUCAUGACAAAGAUAAAGUGUUGGAUUUGAAUCUUCCUAAACCUGAUCCUGGUGAAAGAAAGCAAAUCUCACAAUAUUCUUAUAAUGAACGUGACCGAAUAAGGAGACAUUAUAUUCAAAAAGGACCAUGCCAACCUCGUGAUCAUAUAUUCCCAAAGAGAGAAUUUGGUGGACUCAUGCGUCAAUUUAAUCCUGACUGGUUUGGUACUUCAUAUUCUGAAUGGUUAGAAUAUAGUGUUAAACUUGAUGCGGGCUUUUGUUUAUGUUGCUACUUGUUUAAAAAUGAACAUGGAAGAGUUGGAGAUUCUUUUACAAAACAUGGUUUUAGAGCUUGGAAUAAAGGUAUAGAAAGGCUUAAUAGACAUAUUGGUGAUGUGAAUAGUCUUCACAAUCGGUGUUUCAAGAGGAUGAGAGACUUAAAGAAUCAAGAACAAUCGAUUGUAACUUCUUUUGACAAGCAUAAUGAGAAAGAUAAAAAUAAUUAUCAAGUUCGGUUGAAUGCUUCAGUUGAUGUGACAAGAUUUCUUUUGAAACAAGAAAUGCCUUUCCGGGGCCGCGAUGAAGGUGAAACUUCUACAAAAAGGGGAAAUUUUCUAGAACUUUUAAAAUGGUAUGCAAAUAGGCAUGAUGAAGUGAACAAAGUUGUACUAGAAAAUGCUCCACAAAAUAACAUGAUGAUUGCUCCAAGUAUCCAAAAGGAGAUCGUGAAUGCUUGUGCAAAAGAAACAUUGAAAGCAAUUAUUGAAGAUUUAAAUGGAGAUUACUUUGGCAUAUUGGUUGAUGAAUCUAAGGAUGUUUCUCAUAAGGAACAAAUGGCUCUUGUUCUUAGAUAUGUCAACAAAGAAGGCACACUUAUUGAACGAUUCCUUAGUGUUGUUCAUGUUAAAGAUACAAGUGCAAUAGCAUUGAAAGAUGCUAUCUAUUCUUUGCUUUUAGAGCAUUCAUUAAGUCCAUCUCAAAUACGGGGACAAGGUUAUGAUGGAGCUAGUAACAUGCAAGGAAAAAUCAAUGGUCUUAAAACUCUAGUUUUGGAAGACACUCCUUCAGCUUAUUGCAUACAUUGCUUUGCUCAUCAGUUGCAAUUGACUCUUGUAGCUGUUGCAAAGAAGCACUAUGAUGUAGAUCAAUUUUUUGAUAUUGUUGCUAAUGUCUUGAAUAUUGUUGGAGGUUCUUUUAAGCGCAGGGAGAUUCUUCGAGAAGAUCAAGCAAAAAAACUAGAGGAAUUACUAGUGCUUGGUGAAGUUUAUACGGGAAGUGGACUAAAUCAAGAACUUGGGCUUCAAAGGCCCGGUGACACCCGUUGGGGAUCUCACUUUAAAACAGUGCGUAAUUUUAUUGCAUUAUUCUCAUCAAUUGUUCAUGUGCUUGAAGUAAUUGCAAGUGAGGGUACAACUUAUCUAGAGAGAUCCAUGGCAAAAAGUCUAGUGAAUGAUAUAAGAUCUUUUGAGUUUGUGCAUAUGUUGAAAAUGAUGUUGAAAGUGUUGGCAAUUACAAAUGAUUUGAAUAUGACUUUGCAAAUAAAAGAUCAAGAUAUUGUGAAUGCUAUGAAGCUUGUUGGUUUUGCCAAGAGGCAACUGCAAUCGAUGAGAGAGUCUAAAUGGGAAUCUUUGAUUGAAGAUGUCUCUUCAUUUUGUGUGAAGCAUGUUAUUCUAAUUCCUGAAAUGGAUAAGAACUAUCAUAUUGGAAAGUCAAAGCGCAAGAGAGUUCAAGUGUCACAUAUUCUCAUCAUUUGCAUGUAG